AUGUUCAAGAAAGACCCCCAACCCAAACCGUCAUCAAACAUCAAAUCUUCCGAAAGACGCGGUCUACUAGCAACAGUCUGCAAGGAAUAUGGCAUCAAUAAAGAAGAAUUGCCUAAAGAGACAGAGCUUAAGAUUGUCCCUGCCACGAUCAAGCAGGCGAGCUACCAGAGCGUUCAGGGCCACAAGGGCAUAAUCUACUUCGACACAGAUGAAAAGCCGGUUUGGUUCAAGACAAGAGACUCUCCAUUGUAUCCCACAAUCUAUACUAUGUGGCAAGUCGGUGGCAUUCUACCAAUCAUUCUCACCAAUAACCAUGUUAUCGAGAAGUUAACAACCAACGCCAACCUCAUGUUACCGGGAAGCAUUCCUCCAUUCGAUCUGAGAGCAACAAGAGGAGCCCUAGUCGGAAUUGCUAGCUACCAGACCCCCACUGUGGUGAAGGCAAUUGGUCAUUGCUCUCUCAACCUUACCCAGUUCGACAAUGUGCAAGGUCGUCAAGGCACUGCAGUGACGGUGAUCCAUGUCAUCGAAGAUGAGCUUUUUAAACUAUACGAUAAUGAUGUGGAAGUACCUACUUUAGUGGAUCCAUAUUCCCCAUCUGCGUUCGACAGUUUAAACAAAACUCUCAAAGCUUUGUAUGGUGAAGACGAGGAAGACAGCGAUGGCGUUGACGAUGGAGAAGUUGACGAAGAAGAUACGAGCAAUAACGGCGAAUCCACAGAAUUGCCAGAGAAUGACACCUCUAAAGAAGAGAAUGGCGAUAUUCAAGAUGCCGCAAUUGAUGAGAUAUCUGAAACAGUCGAGGAGCUACUGAUUGAAGACAUCGACAACUUCUUCAAUCGUGCUUUCCUUCAACUGGUGAAGCUUAAUCCAUCAAUCGAGCUUCCGAUAUCCGCCUCGCAAUUCAUGGGACAAUAUGUUCUCAAAAAUUUGCCCAAGAUGGACUCAAAAUACUGUAAUGUCAAGAAAACAUCUUGGAAGAAAAGCGCCAAAUUUCUUAAGGCCUUGGAGAAAGAGAAUCCCCCUGAAACGCUUGCUAACUUCGUGACUCACCGUACCAAUGACUCUUCCAAAGGCUCUGGUACCACUCCAAGCAAAAAAGAUCUCGAUAAGAAGCUUUCCAUUGUUUCACUUUACAAACCCACCAGCAAAACAAGAAUGGUGUACAAUAAGCUUAACAAGGACUUUCAGAACUUGUACACCCAAGUUGAGCUCAAAGGUAUUGUAAAUGACUAUAUAAAUGCAGCAGGAUUGGUCGACAAACUGAAACCCAAGUUCGUUGGAAUUGAUGAGCAUCUCAAGUCUGCAACUGGAAUAAAGGAGGAAAAAGUCACAAGGGACAAGAUCAUUAAUCCCUUCACUGCAAACCAUUCACCACAUUAUGUCAUUCUUAAGCCAGGUGAGGUCAAUUACACACCAAAACAAGUUCACAAGGGCACUCCACCCAAGAUUAAAAUUUUGACACAUACAGUUUUGGGUAGGAAAAAGGUGACGACUGUGGUCGACUUUGAGAAGUUCUUCAUAAAACCCGCAACCCUAGCGGAGGAUCUCAAGAAUAAAUGCUCAGGGUCUACUUCAGUUGGACCUUGCGUCCACAAUCCUAAUUUGACCGAGGUGAUGGUCCAGGGACCUCACGGUACAACUAUCAUUGAGUAUCUCAAAAGUAAAGGAGUUCCCAUCUCGUUUAUAGACUUUGAAGAUAAGAGCAAGGGGAGAAAGAGAAAGUGA